UAAUACACAACUUACUCAGCAUACAACAAACUCAUCACAACUUCCAAACAUAUACUAUAUAUCUCCAGCCAUAAAUAUAACACAUUCUCUACCUCUUCUUUAAUCUACUUUUUCAUAUUUAAUCUGUUUGGUAUACUGGGCUUGAUUUUGCAAUUCACGACAGGACAAUCAUAUUACAAUAUUAUAGUCAGAAACAUUUCUAAAUUUCCCAUUGUAAAAUACGAUGUGGUUUUAUGUUGUUGUAUUAAUGACUUUACAAAAACCUACCGUAUAAACCACACCCAUCGUAAUUUGAAUUAUUCGAAGCUUUUGUCUCCAUAUCUCUGUAAAUAUAUGUUCCUCUUUUGUCAAACCUGCAGGCUCCUUUGUUUUCCUCCUCUUAUUUUUAGCUGCACUUUAAUAUCGCAUAAGCGUUAUUUCAAUGAUGGGGUGCAAGAAGCACAAACCAUGUGCGAAUUCUGAAGUGGACGCAUUGUGUUUGGGCAAGCCCAAUCAAACCCAAUUUCAUUGUUAACAAAAACCUAGUUUCACCGAGACAAGUAGUGGCGGCAAACUCCAUUAUUAUCGUUGUCACUUUCAUCCAAAUUCCAAAACCCAGACAAGGCUUAAAAGAAGAGAGCACCCUCGUUUCUCCUCCACCCACGUCGCUGGCCAAGAAACACGAAGGCAGAGUGCAGGCCAUUCACGGCGUCUCCUUUCUCCUCCACCGUGACAUCCACCACGUCGCUGGCAGGGGCAGCAGCGCCACCAUCGGACUGCGAUUGACGAACGAUUUCGACAGCCACGACCACCACGAACACAGGUUUCUGCAGUGUAGGAAUGGUGGUCCUGCAAUGUUGGAGUGGUGUUUUUGGUGUAGACCACAAGGGUGAGGAAGUUGGUCCCUUUUGGCAUCAUUACAGUGGUCUGUGAAAUAACUUGCUGGACGACGCUAUUGCAGACUCAAAUUAGUGUCCGUUGGCCGACACAUCUUGAAUUAGCUUCGGUGGUUUUUUCGUGGUUCUCUAUCCGACACUGAACCGACAAUACAUUUGAAUUUGUGUCGGCUUUAGCUCCUUAGCGUCCGUUUUUGGCCGAUGCUAAUCCCUUAUUUUCUUGUAGUGAGCAAAUGAAGACGCGUGAGUUGAAGUAUGAAGUAGGAGACGAAGCAUGAAGGUGUGGACGUUAGACACAGCGUUGCAGCGGUGCGAAUGGCCGAGGCACUUCAGAGAGAUUCUCUCACAAACGAUCCUCACCGGCCUCAUCGCAGACCCCUACGCCGCAAGCAGACUCAUAAACUUCUCUACUCGCUCCGCUCUCGUUCCCUUCCACUAUUCCCUCCGAAUCUUCAAUCAUCUUCACAACCCCAACGCCUUCACAUGGAACACCAUCAUGCGUGCCCAUUUCGAACUCCAAAACAACCCCCACCAAGCCCUCACACUCUACAAGCUCUUCCUUGCGAAACACGCGAAACCCGAUAACUACACCUACCCAACUCUCCUUCAAUGCUGCGCUGCUCGGGUGUCCGAGUUCGAGGGAAGGGAGCUGCACGCACAUGUCGUGAGGUUUGGUUUUCAUCAAGAUGUGUACGUCCGGAACACGCUGAUCAACUUCUAUGCAGUAUGUGGGAGCAUGCCCAGUGCGCGCCAGGUGUUUGAGGAAAGUCCUGUGCCGGAUGUUGUCUCUUGGAAUACUGUUUUGGCGGGGUAUGUUCAGGCGGGAAAUGUGGAGGAGGCGGAAUGUGUGUAUAGGGGAAUGCCGGAGAGGAACACCAUUGCUUCGAAUUCCAUGAUUGUGCUCUUUGGAAGGAAGGGGUGUGUGGAGAAGGCGCGGCGGAUUUUUGAUGAAGUUCGAGGGAGGGAUAUGGACAUGGUGUCGUGGAGUGCGAUGGUUUCUUGUUAUGAGCGGAAUGAGAUGUGUGAAGAGGCGUUGGUUUUGUUUGUGGAGAUGAAGGCAAGUGGGGUGGCAGUGGAUGAGAUCGUUGUGGUUAGUGUUGUAUCCGCGUGUUCGCGAAUUUUGAAUGCUGAGAUGGGGAGGUUGGUGCAUGGUUUGGCGGCGAAAGUUGGGGUUGAGGAUUAUGUUAGUCUUAAGAAUGCUUUGAUACAUUUGUACUCUAGUUGCGGGGAGAUAGUGGAUGCGCAAAGAAUUUUUGAUGAUGGUGGUGUUCUUUUGGAUCUAAUAUCUUGGAACUCGAUGAUUUCUGGGUACUUGAGGUGUGGUUCGAUUGAAGAUGCUGAGAAGUUGUUUUGUUCCAUGCCGGAGAAGGAUGUUGUGUCUUGGAGUGCCAUGAUAUCUGGUUAUGCUCAACAUGAAUGUUUCUCGGAGGCUUUGGCAUUGUUCCAAGAAAUGCAGCUUCAUGGGGUCAGGCCAGACGAAACUGCUUUAGUGAGUGCCAUCUCGGCUUGCACUCAUUUGGCUGCUUUGGACUUAGGGAAAUGGAUUCAUGCAUAUAUAAAUAAAAAUAAAUUACAGGUUAACACUAUUCUGAGCACCACUCUUAUAGACAUGUAUGUGAAAUGCGGGUGUGUGGAAAAUGCAUUGGAGGUUUUCUAUGCGAUGGAGGAAAAGGGGGUUUCUACCUGGAAUGCAAUCAUUCUUGGGUUGGCAAUGAAUGGUUUGGUAGAACAGUCACUCAACAUGUUUGCAGAUAUGAAAAAAAGUAAUACACUUCCUAAUGAGAUAACAUUUAUGGGAGUUCUUGGGGCCUGUCGGCACAUGGGCCUAGUCGAUGAGGGGCGUCACUACUUUAGUUCCAUGAUCCACGAACACAAAAUAGAGCCUAAUAUUAAGCACUACGGAUGCAUGGUUGAUCUUUUUGGACGUGCAGGUUUUCUUAAAGAAGCGGAGGAACUGAUUGAGAGUAUGCCAAUGGCACCUGAUGUUGCCACUUGGGGUGCCUUGCUUGGGGCUUGUAGAAAACACCAUGACCAUGAAAUGGGAGAGAGGGUGGGCAGAAAACUUAUUCAGCUUCAGCCUAACCAUGAUGGUUUCCAUGUAUUAUUGUCAAAUAUAUAUGCUUCAAAAGGAAAUUGGGGCAAUGUUCUCGAAAUUAGGGGAAUUAUGACACAACAUGGGGUGGUAAAGACACCUGGUUGUAGCAUGAUUGAAGUAAAUGGGAUAGUUCAGGAAUUUUUGGCUGGAGAUAAGACUCACCCACAAAUAAGUGAUAUUGAGCACAUGUUAGAUGAAGUGGCAGCAAAACUAAAGAUUGAGGGCUAUGUACCUACCACAAGUGAGGUUUCACUAGACAUAGACGAUGAAGAGAAGGAAAUUGCACUUUUCAGGCACAGUGAGAAACUUGCAGUCGCCUUUGGGCUUAUCACUAUUGCUCCACCAACUCCAAUCAGAGUUAUGAAGAACUUGCGCAUUUGUAAUGAUUGCCACACUGUUGUAAAGUUAAUCUCUAAAGCAUUUGAUCGUGAAAUUGUGGUAAGGGAUCGUCAUCGCUUUCACCACUUUAGGCAUGGAGCUUGUUCCUGUAUGGACUUUUGGUAACAAAGCGUCCUGGCUAUUAAAGUGAGUGAGUAUUUUACGUUUAAGGAACAUACACUCAAUUUUUCAUGGUUGACUCAAAUAUCAAGCUAUGGAAUCAAAUUUUGUUCAUUUUUGUGAUCUUGUUGGUAAAGAAUGACGGAUAAGGAGUACCUUCUAGUCCAGGAUAAUAUCACUACAAGUUUCCUGAAGAGAAAUGAUUUAUGGCAAUGUUAAUUGAGUUUGCAUUCAACGAUUGGUCUCUGGGAAAGUUUGCAAAAUUCCAAAAAUUCUCGUUCAAUCACCAUCAUCUCUGGUUCAAUGGCCAUUCUUGAGCAGUUGAGUUAUUACAGGAACUCAUCUAUAGUACUUGUUUUUUGAACCAAGCUCUUUCCUUAGGCUUGUAAUAGGUUUCUUGGACUAACGGAAUAAGUUUUCUGGGUGAGUGAUGGAUGGAGACCUUCUUGGAUCAACGAGGGGGGGGGGGGGUCUGACUCUUUGAAUAAGUUCCUUGGUUGAUAAGCUUUCACAUGGAUUAGGCACGACUAAGAAAGGUUGAUAAUGGUUCUUGAGAUCAAGAACUUGCAGUAGUGCUGCGGAAGCAAAGAGGAGAAGAAGGAGCAAGGAUGCUUCUUUGAUUAGUUCUUGGCUUUCUUUUGGCUCAAGAAGGCCUCGACAAACGGGUGGUAUUCUUGGAGUUUGAUGAAGGUUUGGAUGUACUUGAACAAGGUAACUGAGAGGUUUUUAGGUGGUGGGGUGGUUUUUACGUAGAAUUGUUUAAAUUGAGAUUUUAGGUGCUGAUAAUUGAAGGUGCAGUACAUUUGAGAUGAUAUGUUCAGCUGGUGAUUUUAGUGCUGUGAAAGUAUGUGCAGUGAGCAGUCGGUCCAGUGACAUAAGUUGCUGAAGGAAGUGUGUUGAACCUGACCAGCGGUAUUUGAAUGCUCACAUGAGAAGCUUGCCAGAGAAGUUGACCAAGACUUGAAACCUGCUGAUCCUGAAAUGAUGACCUGCUACCAACUUUGAAGAACUCCAAUAGACAGAUUCUGCACUUUGAAGAAACCUGCGCCAGCCAGAAGCUUUUGAGGAGAGCUGCCCUUGUUACUUGCUACUUUAGGUGAUUUGUAUAGUUAGACUAGGCAAGUCUAGGUAGUUUGUACAUAAUUUUUACUUGCUAUUGCCAGUUCCUGUGACCAGUUCUAGGCUCUUUUCAAGUUCUGGUUUUUGAGAACAGAUUUGAUCAUUCUACGUGGUUUGACAGUUCUUAAUUCAUCUCAUGCAUAUUCUUAGUCAUUCAAAUAUGUCUCAUUCAUUUGCAUUGUAAUAUCUCAAUACCAUUACAUUUCUUGGGCACAAAUCGAAGCCUGUGAUAUUAUUGUAACGAUCCACCAAAGAAUGAUUGGCACUUGCAGCAUCUUUGCUAAUCAUGCAGCAAAGUUGAUUGAAUAGUCAACAAUAAGGAGUGCAUGAAAACCUUCCAUUCAGCUGUAUUCACUCCUACAAUACCAUAAUUUUUGUGAAAACUCAUGUUAAUGAUGAAUUUAUUACACGAUUGAAACGUUUUCACACUUCUUCUGUUCGCUUUUUUACAUCAAGAAAUGACAUCUAAGACGUGAUCUAUCAGCUGAAAUUCCCGUUUGACAGCCAAUCAUAAUACUGACAGAACUCACUAUGAAGGUUUGGAUGUACUUGAACAAGGUAACUGAGAGGUUUUUAGGUGGUGGGGUGGUUUCUAUGGAGGUUGGUGGUGGUUCUUGGCAGCCAAGUGGUGGAAGUUCACCAAAGCCUAGACCAAGAUGGAAGGAGGAAACCGAAAGGUGCAAGCUUAGGGGACAGUACUUUUAUUUGUGUAGAACUCAUUCAUUUACUCCAAAAGAAAUAUACAAGGUUGUGCAUGUUCGUCUAAAA